ACCCCGCCUUCCCGCGGGCUGCAGCCGGGAGCACUUGAAGCAACAUCAAACAACACGUUCAGCAGGAAGAGCAAGUGCGAAAUCGGUCCUCAUUUGUUUAAUGUUAAAAUAACAAAAAAAAUCCCCUGGGAUUAACCGAAAUCUGCAGGCUACCUGGACAUAUAAAUCACUGAGUUUAAUGAUCUCGAUCACUGCCGGAAUAAAACGUGACCUUUAACCAGGAGACGGAUAGGAAAGAGAAGUAGGAGUCGUGUUUUCAGGUGAGAAUGAGUACCAUUCGAGAGGUGGUCACAGGGCAAAAUGAAGAAAAAGAAGAAGAGGAAGAGGAAGAAAGGGGGACAGAGGAUGAGGAGCCCAAAGCAUGCGGUGUGUGUGGAGAUCUGGCUAAGGGUUACCACUUCAAUGCCUUGACAUGUGAGGGCUGCAAGGGCUUCUUCAGACGUGCCAUAAAGAGGUCAACGCAGCCCUCCUGUCCUUUCCUGAAUAAGUGCAUUAUAACCAAAAACAACCGCCGGUCAUGUCAAGCUUGCCGCUUCCGAAAAUGCCAGUCCAUUGGCAUGCGUAAAGAAAUGGUCAUGUCUGAGAAGGAGGUAUUGGAGAGAAGGAUCCGAAUCAAGAAGAAAAAGAUGCAUAGUGUGCAUAGUGCACAAUUGCAGCUUUCAUCCCAACAGGAAGAAACCAUUCAGGAGCUGCUCUGUAGCCACCACUGCACAUUUGACACAGCAUUUUCCCGCUUCAGUGGCUUUAGGCCUAUGGAUAGAAAGAUAAUCCCGGUGAGUGAAUACAACCGGUCUACAAGCAAGACUGCUAACCCACUGACCAACUGCCCUACAAACACCUGCACUACAUUUAAUAAAUCUGCCACAGACCCUAGAAUAUCCUCGUGUGCUGGCUCCCUCUCCUCCUCCUCCAGUCUCUCUGAUUUUGUUGAGAACCAAGAGGGCGAAGAGGUCAGAAAAAGCAGCGUUUUUACUGCUCUUCCUCAUGUGACUGACCUCACCACUUACAUGAUCCAGGACAUCAUUAGCUUCUCCAAAAGCCUUAAGAUCUUUGGAUCUUUAACCAUGGCGGACCAAAUCGCUCUGUUAAAGGGAGCUAUGUUUGAAAUAAUGCAGAUUCGCUUUAACAUGGUGUUCAAUGUAAAAACAAGCAUCUGGGAAUGUGGUCAUAUGACAUACUGCAUAGACGACGCUGUACGAGCAGGUUUCCAGCCACUCCUGCUGGAGCCUCUUUUCAAAUUACACCAUACACUACGCAAACUGGGCCUGCAGGAGGAGGAAUAUGUUCUCAUGCAAGCUAUGUCCCUCUUUUCACCAGAUCGCCCAGGCGUGCAGCAACAUAGUGUGAUUGAUGAGGUACAUGAAAACUUGGCACUUACACUAAAAACCUGGAUCGACUGCAAGAGAACAGGCCCAGGAAAACACUUGUUCUACCCUAAAGUGAUGGCCUGUCUCACAGAGAUGAGGACGAUGACUGAGGAGUACAGCAAACAGAUUCUGCAGAUCCAGGAUAUCCAGCCUGAUGAUAUCUCUCCUCUCAUGAUGGAGAUGGUCAGUAAAAACCCAUGUACUGACUUCUAAUACAGACAUGUACUGCACAUGGACACUCUGGGACUACCUCUGUUAUGUAAUAAUGGAG